AUGGAUUCAUCUGUACCAGAAGUGUGGCAUAAGCUCUUUGGACAAUUGGUCUCUCAUCGCAAAAGAAUUGCUGCAGCACAGGAUGUACCCGCCUAUGUGAUAGCCUCAAAUAAAGUCCUAGAGCAGCUAGCUAAAAUCCGCCCGACUAAUAAGAUCCAACUCCUAAAGGUGAAGGGCAUCCGAGAUCGGAAGGUUGAAGCAUAUGGCGACGAAUGGCUAGAGAUAAUUGCACAAGACAUUGCCAAGCACCCCAGGAAAAGCAUUGCUCAGACGAAUCAGGCUCCUCUUCACCCAAGGGACGAUUACCAGAAACAGCAGGAAUCGGGGCCAUCCAAGGAGUUAUAUAGGCGUCUAGCAGAGUACCGGACGGUACGUGCUGCUAUAGAGGACCGACCCCCGUAUAUAGUUGCUUCCAACUCACUCCUAGAAACCCUCACUAGGGAGCGUCCCUCGAACCAACGUGAACUUCUAAAUGUUCACGGUGUAGGGCCAAGCAAGGCAGCUGAGUAUGGGUCGGACUGGCUCCAAAUAAUCGCAAAGUUCAAGGCCGAAUACAAGUCUGAAUCCCCUCAACCGUUUAUUACCGAUACCCCAGCGACCUCGUAUGCUGUGGAGGAUAUUCAACAACCGCAGCUAGGUGAUCGACCAUCUAAACAAAAUCGGAUCAGAAAUGUUGGCCGAUCAAAGGAGAUUAUAUUGUCACAGCCUCUACCGGGUAACGGGCUAUCAUUAGAAGUUGAUGGGACGCAGUUUAAUGUUGCCGAAGCGUCGGCUGAGAAAGACGAUGAUGAUAAUUAUGAUGAUUCAGACAUCGAGGAAACAUUCAUGUCACUUAUCGCGUCUCGUGAAUCGCCACAGCCAAAGCGCGAGUGA